AUCCUGUUACGUGUGCUCUAAGCGAAACCCACAGAGGGUCUCUUUCUUCUACACACACACACAGACUCUCUCUCUUCACCUUCUUAGUUGUGGAAUAGAUUUUUUUUUCUUGUGGAGAGAGAAAGAAGGGUUUUUCAGCUUUGAACAGGAACUGGGUUGUUUUGGGUUUCUGGUUUUCUGUUGGAAGGAAGGAAAUUUCUUUUUUUCUUUUCUUUUUUUUUUUUAAAUUUAAGAUUUUUUUGCAGUGAAGAUGAUUCCAAGGAGUUUUGUUUGAGGUGGGAGCAAAUGGGUGGGUGUGAUUUUUACUGUUUGACCUGUGAUUGCUAGUGAAUCAGUGUCAGAGACUUGCAGUGAGAGAAAUGCGGAAAUCGUUUAAGGACUCCCUUAAGGCUCUCGAAGCUGAUAUUCAGUUCGCCAAUACCCUGUAAUUUCUCUCUCCCUCUCUCUCACUCUAAAGUUUUUGGUGGGUUAAAUAUAAAGAGGGGAAAAAUGGAGGAAAAAUUUUAGAAAGUUAUUAGUCUUAUUAAUCCUGUGGGGGUAGUAAUAAAAUUCCCAUUUAUUACUUUGGUAAAUUUAAAUUUGAUUGAUUUUAUUGUGAUCUGAGUCUCGUUCUUUUGAUUACUUAUUUUGGUUAGGCAGUAUUGAGGAGCUUGUAUAUUGUAGGAAAAUGAAAGACCAUUUUUCUGUUGAGACUGAGAGUGGCAGAGUGCCAUAGAGUGGAACUCUACUCAUGUUCUAUUCGGAGAUGUCCGCCAAUGCCCUCUCUGUUCUUUCCUAUUCCUCAAAAUUUGUGGGUCCAAUUCUUGGUUUGACCGUCUUUUACGGUUCUUGCAUUGUUUCUUUGUGCACAAUUUCUGUGUUCUUUUGUUUAUAGGGAAUGCAGUGUAUUCUACUGUACAUUACACUUUUCUGUGAUGCAGGGCUUCUGAUUAUCCCAGAGAAUAUGAUGGUGCCUGCCUUCAGAUGAGACUAUCUUAUUGUCCUGCUGCUCAUUAUUUUCUUUUCCUUGUUCAAUGGACCGAUUGCCGCCUCGCUGGUGCCCUAGGAUUGCUCAGAAUUCUCAUCUACAAGGCGUAUGAUGAUGGAAAGACCACAAUGUCAAUCCAUGAAAGAAAAGCUAGUAUGAAAGAAUUCUAUGGGGUGAUAUUUCCCUCAUUAUUGCAACUUCAAAGGGGAAUCACUGAUGUGGAAGAGAGGAAACAGAGAGAAAUAUGUCUUAUGAAGUACAAGAAAGGAGAUGAAAUGGACAAAGGAAAGCUCUCUGAAAUUGAUUUGGAGAGAGAAGAAGAAUGUGGUAUUUGCUUGGAGAUGCAUGGCAAGAUCGUGUUGCCUAACUGCAACCAUACAAUGUGUAUGAAAUGCUACCGGACUUGGCGUGCACGGUCUGAGUCAUGCCCCUUCUGUAGGGACAGUCUCAAAAGAGUCAAUUCAGGAGACCUUUGGAUAUACACCAGCAACAAUGAAAUUGUCGAUUUAUCUGCAAUCUCAAGAGAGAAUUUGAAGCGAUUGUUCAUGUACAUUGACAAGUUGCCCGUCAUUGUUCCAGAUCCAAAGAUCAUUUCUUAUGACCCACAAUACCGAUGAUCACUACUUCGGUUUGGCCCCUAAAAAAUGUUGGGAACACAAGGCGUGGUUGAUUGUACAUAACUCUUGUUUAUUUCUUCCAUGGUUGCUGAUUUAGAAGAUGUAAAUAAAUCAUUAGUUAUUUUCAGCAUGUUGGGGUUCUUUCGUUGAUUCAUUCUUACACAGACAGGAAUGUUUUACUUCUCCUGUAUUAGACGCUUAGCAGAGCAAAAGUUGUGAUUCUGAAACUUAC